GUACGCACCGCUCUGACAGCCGUAUUGUAAAUCAGCGGAGGGCCGGGAGGAAAUGACUCAGGGGACAAGAGGGAGAGGGCUGCAGGAGCAGCCAAUGAAAAGGCCAAAGGAGAGUCACGGGAUGAGGGUGACAUGAGGGGCAAGUGUAUGCUGUGGGCGGGCACGUUUCCUGCCCAAUCAUGGCGCGCGGGAGAUGCACGGGCGCGGCCACGAGUGCCCAAUCAGUAAACAAAUUCCCUGGCUCUCUUCACGUGACGAGGCUCUUUGCAGUCCACGGGAACAGGAUGUCAUUGGUCACGUGACUAGGGUAGAGCGGGUGGGGGGAGAGAGCAAGGGGCGGGGUCACGCGCUACGGAAGCCGAGAGGGACGCAGAGCAGGGCGGUUGCAGCAACAGUAGCAGCGAUGGCUGCGGACGGCGAGCGCUCCCCGCUACUACCAGCCGAGCCCGGGGAUGGGGGCGGCCUCGGCGCUGGAGGGCUGGUCGGGCCCGCAGGGCUGGUCUCAGCCUCCGCCUCGAACCCGCCGGGGAAGCCGAACCCGCCUCAGGGUGAGCCACGCCCCCUCAUUAAUAUGCAUAAGAUUUCCAUUGAGUGGGGGGGAGCAAUGGAGGGGCGUUGGGGGGAGAAGGCGAAGGAAGCCUCCUAAGUAGAAAAAGCGGAGUUAAAGCAUCAGGGGCGGGUCUUUAGCUGCGUGGGCGUGGCUACUUCGAAUGAGGGCGUGGCCAUGUGCUGCAGGGGCUGGGCUACAGGCAAUGGGGGUUCUAGGCGCCCCUGCCCAGCAAUUAGUGAGGCAGUAAGUGGAGAAGUUCAGGGUUGGUCUGGGAAGGUUUUUUGUAGGGUGCUGGGGCGCAGGUAGAUAAGAAAAAGGGACAGGUGAGGGCAUGAUUGGCUUCACAGUAGUCUGAUGGGCAACAUGUUAGAGGAGAGAGGUGGAUCAGCCUGUGGAGAGGAUCCCCAAAGACUGAGUUUGAGCAUUUACAGGAGGCAAUAUUAUGUUGGCUGAUACUUGGAGGUCCGAUUGCAAAAAUAAACAAACAAAUGAAUAACAUCUUUGUCUUUUUCUGAUCCACUUGGUGGGGUGGGGUUGGUGAAGAGUUAAGCCAAGUGCUUGCAGAUAUUGGAGUCUCGUGGGAUGAAUUUGGGCGGAGCCGAGGACAGAUUUUUUUGUUUUAAGGGGUUGUUGAAGUAUUUGUGAAAUGUGAUGUGUGUUGUUUUGGGGAAAGGCAGCUGAGAUGCAGGUCUGGCUGAAGCAGAGUGAAGAGGGGUUGGGGCACUGAAGCAAUAGUCCAUGCUCCCUUUCCACAGACACUUCUUUCUUUCCUCUUGAAAGGGUUUCCUUCCUUCAGUGGGGUCAACGAUGGGGGCCAGGCAGCUGUGCUUCCCGGAGAGGACCCCCCACCCUACUCACCUAUGGCGUCUCCAGAGAGUGGCAGUGCUCCCAUGAUCACUUGCCGGGUUUGCCAGAGCCCCAUCAAUGUUGAGGGCAAGAUGCAUCAGCAUGUCGUGAAAUGCAGCGUCUGCAACGAGGCCACGGUGAGCACUGUUGGAAGGGCGGGUGGUAUGAUGGCAGUGGGGCUGAGGUAGUGGUGAAGAGGAGGAGCUGUGUGCCAGGAGAUCCUUGGCUCAGAUCUUGUCUUAAUUAUCGAAGCUCUAGGCUUGUUUCAUUUUUAGCUCAACAGCCAUUAUUUCUCCGCCUCAGCUGCUACCCACAACAUCACUUCUAAUAGCCAAGUUGUAGCUCAGGUGGCGUAUUAGGGACACAUAAAUAUAGUUGUGGGGUCUUUUUUUUUUCCUGUAGCAGGACUGUUUAUUUAACCGGAGCUCAGGCAAAAAAUGCACAACUGAUCUAGCUUGGUGUUAAAAUACCUGCAUCACAUCCAUUCGAACAGAUGUGAUGUUCCAACUUUGGCAUAUCCAGGAUAGCCACUGCUAGUCGGUGUACUGAUCUAGGUGAACAAGUGGCCUGACUUGGGAUAAGUCAGUUUCGUCUGUAAGCUGUUGGUUUGCCAGGUAACUGUUGAGUCAGCCUUUGGCAAGCUGUUUCCAACUACAGCUGAUGGGAGUUGUAAUCUAAAACAUCUCAGGGCACCAGCUUGCUGGUGACUGUGCUAGGCUGAUGGAAAGCAACCAGCUGACUUCCUUUUAACUUGGGACAUAAUGAGAAAAGAAGAAAAUGGAUAGGAACUUUUCUCUCUCCUCUCUCAUAAUAUUAGAUCCUGGGGUCACACAGUGAAAACCGAUUGACAUUCAGGAUAACCAAGAGGACAUGCCAGUUCCUGUUCACACCCCUACAUAAUUAACCAAUGACACCAGACAGGGUGUUGGGCCAAUAGCUUAGGUAGGUCUAAAAGUGGCUUACGCAGACACAUGGAGGAGGAGAGAUUUAUAAAUUGUCAAUGGUGACUACGUGGAAUCUCCAGCUACAGAGGCAACAUACCUCUGAAUUAAAAUUUGCUCAGCAAGAAUCUAAAGGAGAAGGCAGUUACUUGCACUUGGUUAGUAAAUGUCGGGGAACAGGCAUUUUUGUCUCAUCUAGCAGCGUUCAUCAUCUUAUAUGGGAAAUGGAGAUCUUGGAUCCACUCCAGGAUCCUUUUGAGGUUUUUUAUUUUUUAAAAAAUAUACCUUGCCUUUUGAAGAGCUUCCUCCACAAAUGUUGACUGGGAUUGCAGAAAGAAGUGCAAAAUAAUAAUAAUAAUAAUUAGAGAAAAGGUGGCAAUGAAUUUGGAUGAGCUGAAUCACUUCUUUCUGCAAUCCCAGUCAACAUUUCAACCAAACAGAGUGUUAGGCCCUCUGACACAGGUGUUCCCAACCUCUUUGGAGUUUAGGGGUACACCUGGGAAUUAUAAGAAACGUACUCAUUUUACAGAUGAAAAGUUGGCGAUGGUCAAAAACACACUUAAAAAGCAGGUGAGACACCAACCCCCGCAGAAAAACAACCUCAAAAUACAGUACAGACCAAAAAAGUGCGACAGCAAACACCCUUCCCAAAAAGAAGGGUACCUCCACCCAACCUCCCAAAAGCCUUACAAUAAAUAGAUAUGAGAGGGGCAACUUAGGGAGCCCUAGUCCCAACAGUUUUAAUGGAAGGGAAAUGGAAGGUGAAAGAUGCACAUCCUUGACUCAGUCCCUCAUCCCUUGUUCCCAAUAUAUAGUAUGAGGAAAAACUUAUCCUGCACUCAUAUUGUUACUGAAGGAUUCGGGGAUGGUUCCUUUGCACAACAGAGCUAGUGGGGAUUUCCUUUUUCUUCAUCCCCACGCCUAGUUCCUUGUAGGUCUGAACUUCUGGAGGUAAUAAUACUCUGACUUAUUGGGUUCUUGGAAGCACUACUAAGAUAAUGUGCAUGGACCACCUUGAACACACAGGGUGCCUGAAUGGUGCAAAGUCUUGCUAUGAGGACAGUUCCGCAGUGGGGCAGAGCUUCCUUUCUUGGCUUAGCUUCUCCCCAUUCCUCCCUUUGCACUGCUCCUUUGUUUAGAAUAUUCUGUGUUAACGAGAGAGAGAGGGUAAUACGCCAAAAUUUCACUAAAGCCUAGUCUGGCGUACGAACAUAAAUCUUGAAGCUGAAAUUGCAGCUCAGCAGUGGCCUUGAUGCUUGGACAAGCAGAUUCCACAGAGUUGGUGUGAUGUGAUGCACUGCUGUCUGGGCACCCUCCAAAGUUUUAAAUCAGAGCUACAGAUCUCUACUCUGUUGUUUCAUGUAUUUCCCAGAAUAAUUACCUGGAGUUAACCUGGAGAAACCUGUCUGACCAUAGUUAGCUCAGCUUCUCAUCCAAUAAGUGAAAUCUCAUUUAUGGAUGCUGACAAACACAAGAGUGUGGUUCAAGAGGGAUGGUCUGUUGGACUUUGGAGCUGGGUUUAUACAGGUUUGCUGUGCUGCUGCCACAUUCCUGUUGCGCUUUCUGCCUCUGGAACCUCAAAUUAACAAUAACACAGUGUCUGUGGGGUAGAGGUACAGUGCAAAGCUUUUCAGACAGUUGGUAUAUUGAAGAAUGAAUUCAUGUUUCAAGAUUGUGAAAUGCACAAGCUUAUCUAGUUGUUUUAAUAUGGUACUUUAUCAUUAAAUGGGAAUACACUAUAAAUACCCGCAGUUUAGGGUCAGCUAUAAACAUUAAACAAGUCAGCUUUAAGGAAAUAAUUGCUCUGUUGAAACCCUUUAGUCAGAUUGUCCUUUUGUUCUCUCCAAUUAAGCCUUAUCAGCUUAAUUGGAGGCCACCACUAGAAGCCUCUUCUAUCAGUCCUCUGCUGACCUAUUGGCAUUCAGAUCUAUCUUUCUGUGGUUCCCUGGAAGUCUACCCUCCAGCACUGCUAACCGCCAGCAGAGCUCAACACUCUGAGCUGCUUCUCUCUCCUUCCCUCGGGGCUGCAGGCAGAUUCUCCACUUAACUCACUGAGCCAAGUGAUUCAGCGAUCUUCAACAAAACCAAAAGCCACUGAGCCACACUCCGUGUUUCUGAGGCCAUGCUUCUCGGACCAUCUGUCUUCUUCCCUGGCCCUCCUUUAUUCUGCUGUCCAUUUCUUCUGACCAACUCCUCCUUCCAGCUCCCAGACCCCUCCUUUUACUGCACACCAGACCAUAUAUAUACUAACCCCCACUGGUGCAGCCCCAGCCAAACGCACUGACCAAAUGAAAAUUCUAAGCCUCCAUCCACCAAUCAAAAUAUGCAUUUCUUCCACCCCUGUUUUGCAUACUGUGAAUUUCAUCACCAGCCCUUCCUCAGAGCUGUCUGUUAUGGCCCCAGUGACAAUUAAAUCACUGAAGCAGAGUUAAGACUUCCAACGUAAUCAUCACAUAAUCCAAUGCACAUUCAAAUCUCAUUCACAUGUCGAUUUCUUCAUGUGUUGAAACAUUCCUUACUAUCGGGCUUCCCCAGCCUGGUGCCCUCCAGAUGUUUUGGACUACAACAUUCAGCAGGGAUAAUCAAGAGUUGUACUUUAGCAGCAGAGGGAGGCCUGUGUGCCUGAACCCAAAGUGACGAACUUGCAGUCCUCCAGAUGUUCCUGGAUUUCAACUCCCAUCCUUCCUUGCCAUUGUCCUUGCUUGGCAGGGUUGACAAGAAUUGAAGUCCAGCAACACUGUAAGUCCACAGCCCUCAUUCCUCUUCUAAACCUUCACGACAGAUUAUAGACAUAUUCACUGGAGUCUAGUGUAACUUAGUUCAUUGUGAUUUUCAUACAUUCUCCUCUGCAGUGUAAGUUGAACUAGUACUACUUCUGCCCUCCUUUGCACGGUCUGCUUAAAAUGGGUGGUGUGGGUAUUGUUACAUUACGUACUAGAGUUUAAAGCACUUCACAAUUCUUCUGCAUUAGGAGGAGAGGUGUGGCUGUGAGUUUAAUGAUUUAUCUAUGACCAGCUAUGAAGCCUUACGGCUAAAAGAGUCUCCCAGGUCCAGAAUACUUGCUCUGAACCCUUGCUUAGCACUGACCAUUGCUUGUCAUAUAAUACACAGUUCAAGAUACUAGGGACCAAAAAUGGAAUAAAAAAUUGACCUGGGGUGGAAAUCGACCUGCAAAUUUCUGUGCCUUUCUCCUCCUUUUGCCCUUCUGGUUCUCUGGCCUAAAGUCCCAUCUCCUCUGCUGCAAUGAAUACCCCUUUUUCUCAAGCCUUACCUUGCUAUUCUGGGUCCUGAGUGAGAAUUUCACCUAUCUCCUGCUUCUCACCCUGCUGCCACUGAGCCAUCCUCACACUCCCAUCUCUGUGCCUUUUCCUUCCGCAGCCCCACCCCAUAAAUUACAGAAACCCUGCAAGAUCUUUCCCUAGCAAAAUAGACCUUUCACGUCCCUAACAGCCUCCUCCCCUCACUCUUAAACCAGGACGUGUGUUUGCUUCUUACGGAUUGUGUCUUUUUGCCUUCUUUCUGCUACAGCCUAUCAAAAAUGCCCCGCCUGGUAAGAAGUACGUGAGAUGCCCCUGCAACUGCCUCCUGAUCUGCAAAGUAACAUCGCAACGCAUUGCCUGUCCUCGGAUAUACUGGUAAUGGAAUGGGCUGGGAGAGGUGCUGAGAAAGGCACGGCGGCUUUGCUGCAAUUCCAUUGGGGAGUUUGGGGAUGGGACCCCCAGUUCUGCAACCCAGAUGAAAUAAGUUUGAUUUCUGAACUUGGGAUAUGCUUGUUGGGGGGGGGGGUACCCUAGAACUCCACCCCCACUAUGUAUGCUCCAUGGAGUGGUGGCUUACAGGAUCUGGCCAGCCAGCCGGGUCCUAAAUUUCUCACACAUCUGUGGGCCACUAUGACAGUUGGGUAGUCCCUCUCACCUGUCAGUCACCUGACACCAUUGUUUCAGGUGACUUAACGUCAAAGGAAAGAAUUGGGCAGAAUUUUUCUUUUUGUUAAGGCAGUCAGAACCUUUUGCUUAUCUAUUGCAAGUUUAUUGCCAGAGAUCUGUUGAUCCUGACUUCCCUUUUGCCCUCCUGCACCCCGACCUAGACACCAGCUGUUUACCCACUCCUUUUUUUCCAGCGGCAUUUCCUUAUCUAGGAGGCACCUGUAAACGAGUUGUUAUAUGAACUCUGAGUUGGUCUGUUUCUGGUGACUUAGGUUGUUUUUUUUUUAAAAAAAAACCCUCUUAUCAUAUUGUGCUUGAGGACCAACCAGCUGACUGGAUAUAAAUGGCUUUAAUUUCACUUGAAGCCUUAAUCUGAAACCCCUCCCACCCCCGAACAGGAUGCGGCCAGGAGCCUGGUGCUGUUUGAAAUAAAAAUUAAGAAUCCUUGUAUCCUGGGGCAGAAAAACGUCUUUACUAGGAAACGUUUGCUGCAUUGUGUGAUCAGAGUGUUGUGUGUGGGAACUGUGAAAACAAUGUCACAAAAGCAGGGGGCCAUAAAUGCUUGUUUUAGGAGGUGAGGAAUGGAGAGAUGGAGCACUUCUUUUUACUUGCCGUGAUCAAUAGUUGUAAUUGCUGGGGGACUGAAUAUAGCUGGGCAAGCUGGAUCUUUUGGGAGGACAGACCUCGCUGCAUGUGGGGACAAUAUUGGCAACAAGCAGGGAAUAAAGGAGUAAUGUUGGGAUUGGGAAGUGGGUGGUGUGCCAGUUUCCAGGCUGUCCCACUGGUACAGGCACAGAAAGGCUUAUAAGAGCAGUCAUCUAAUCUAAUUCUUCUUCUCCCCCCUCCCCCCUUGCUCCCAGUAAAAGGAUCAUUAACCUGGGCCCAGUGCAUCCAGGACCCCUGAGUCCUGAGCCACAGCCGGUCGGUGUGCGCGUCAACUGCGGACAUUGCAAAAACAACUUCCUGGUAAGGGGUGCUUGGAAGUGAGGCCAGGGUCAUUGGGGGUGGAAAGAGAGAAGGCUAGGACUUAGGGUCUUCCCACCGUCUCCAGCUUUUGGAAACGAAACAGUAGCAUGUUAUUUUGCCUAAAAUACCUUUUCUCCAGAACAUUGGUGGGAUGAAGCCAGCAACUGAACCAGUGGUGUAUGUAAUGGACAGAGCAAAGGUAGUCAAUGUGGGGCCUUCCAGUUAUGCUCGGACUGCGGCUCAGAUGAGCCCCAUUGUGGCCGAUUGUCAGGGGUGGUGGAAGUUGCAGUCUCAAAACAUGUGGAGGGAACUGGGUUGGCUGCCUGUCCCUGGCCUGGUCUUUGGCCUGGGAAGCCCAUGAUCAAAUUGUCAGCCUCAAAUCUCACCUCUGGGCGGCCUCUGGGCAUCGGAAUCUCACGGCUGAACGUCCCUUGUAGGAUUACACAGAAAAAUUGGUGGGGGAGCAACGUCCACUGCUCUGGGCUCCCUGGCAGAAGGGCAGGAUAAAAGUGUAAUUCACAAAUCAGUUGGCCCACGUGCUACAGUUAAGGAGUGUCUUGUUCCACUUUUGGGAUUCCUUUUGGGAUGGGUGGCAAGGGAUAAUCGUGCCCCCUCUGUUGUGGCACCCUGGCAGACCCGCUUGAAUAGCUGGUGCUUGGGAGCCGGGUGAGCAGGUGGUGUGCUUGACAGGUGGGCACCUCUAGAGUUGGAGCAAGCAACUUUUUCUCCAGAUCUGGUUGACUAGCUUUACUUCAUGUUUUCUUUUUGUUUGUUUUUUCUUCCUCCCUUCAGUGGACAGAGUUCACGGACCGCACAUUAGCACGAUGUCCUCACUGCCGUAAAGUGUGAGUUAACCCCACUCUUCCUUAACCCACAAGCCGCACUAACAGGGCAGGGGAAGAUUGAGAGAAUGUUCUGAAUAGCUGCUGUAUGCAUUUCAUAGAAUGCAUAGAACUGUCAAGUUGGAAGGGACCCUGAGUGUCGUCUAUAGUCCAGCCCCCUGCAAUGCAGGAAUCUCAGCUAGAUCAUACAUGGCAGGUGGACACCCAACCUCUGCUUAAAAACCUCCAAGGAAGGAGAGCCCACAACCUCUCGAGGGAGACCAUUCCACUGAUGAACUAGUAGCUGGAUUGGGGGAGUGGGAUUGGCACUUCUUUUUCUCAGACAGGUGAACCUGGAAGUCUGUCAUGUAUUCUGAGCCAGGAGCUCAAGAGCACAAGCUGCAUUUUUGUUAGUCACCUGAGCAGAGGUUGGCUGCUUGCUCUGGGCCAGCCAGUGUGGCAAACUCCUCUGAAGUGCUUCCCCAAGAUCUGAGUGUUCAGAUCCCCCCAGAGAACUGAGGCUCCCUAAGCACAAUUUGAUGGGCUGCCUAUAUCUGCCCCCAGAUCCUCCAUCGGGCGACGCUAUCCCCGGAAGAGAUGCUUUUGCUGCUUCCUGCUAGGCGUGUUGAUGGCUGUGACAGCGACAGGACUUGCGGUGAGUGUGAGCAAGAAGGCACAGUCCCAGUGCGCGCCUUCCUGGCGUUCGCUGUCUGAAACUGAACUAGCCCUCGCUGCUCAAUUUUCAGUGCAAAAUACAGUGGUGCCUCGCAAGACGAAAAGAAUCCGUUCCGCGAGUCUCUUCGUCUUGCGGGUUUUUUCGUCUUGCGAAGCAAGCCCAUUAGAGGUUUAGCGGCUUAGCGCUACAGUAUUAGCGGCUUAGCCGGCUUAAAGAUCAGCUGAUAAGCGGCUUAAAGAUCAGCUGAUAAGCGGCUUAGCCAUCAGCUGAUAAGCGGUUUAGCGGCUUGGGAAAAAGGGGGGGGAAAGGAAAAAAACCCCGCAGGAACUCGCAAGACAUUUUCGUCUUGCGAAGCAAGCACAUAGGAAAUUCGUUUUGCGAAGCACCUCCAAAACGGAAAACCCUUUCGUCUAGCGGGUUUUCCGUCUUGCGAGGCAUUCGUCUUGCGGGGCACCACUGUAUUAGGAAGUUUCAUUAGAUCCGGGCCUGGGGCAGCUUUUGGCUUUAAGUAGCCCACGACCCUGAGAUUCCCCACGCAUUGCACAGGCUGCUAAUUUCUCAGUACAGUCGUAUCUUGGAAGUUGUACGGAAUCUCUUCCGGAAGUAGUUGGACUUUCAAAAGGUUUGAAAACCAAAUCGCAGCUUCUGUUUGGCUGCAGGAAGCUCCUGCAGCCAGUCAGAAGCCCCGGAAGCCCCGUCGGAUGUCUGGGUUCCAAAAGAACAUUUACAAACCGGAACACUCACUUCUGGGUUUGUGGCGUUUGGGAGCCAAAACACCUGAGUUCCAAGGUACGACUGUACAACCUGGAGCCAGGGCUCACGUAAGCCUUUGGCAAGCUCCCUUCAAGUACAACAUUAUGGAAUCCUCAAUACACUUCCUUAUUUGUGAAUGGCUUUGUUAAGGUAUCAAAAUUAUGGGGCACGUACAGAAAAUCAAAACGUUAAAAAGGAGCAGAUGAAGGGAAAUUCAACAGCGACUCCUGAAAAGCCCCUGAAGUGAACCAUGAGCACGUUGGACCGCUGAGUGUGGUUCCCAGCGUUUGGUCCUAACCUCCCCCACAUAUAUCAGCACUGCGGUGUGUGUGAAGCAGCAAGUUAGAGCCCCAUCCCCUUCUGGCAUGGGACUAGCCUAUCUGUGCCCCAUAGGUGUUUAUAAGCACCCUGAGCAACGGUGCGCCCUCGGGCUCCUCCCAAUAUCCUCAGUCCCCUCCCUCUUUCACAGAAAACCUCUUUAUCCAUUUGACUGGCAGUGAAAGUGAGCUUGGCAGCUUCACCAUUCGCUGACUCUUUGCCUUUCCUUUUUGUCUCCAGUUUGGUACGUGGAAGCAAGCCAAGAUAUACGGCGGGAUCUACGCCUCUUGGGCCCUGGUUAUUCUACUGGCCUUGGUGUGCCUUGGUCGAGCCACAUACUGGGCCUGCAUGAGGGUCAGCCACCCUGUCCAGAACUUCUCCUGAGCCUUUUCCUCCGUUUCCAGCUCCUGCUGCUGCUCCCAGCACAUCAUCUACUGAGAGCCAGCCCUGUCCGUCCUCAUUUAUUCCCCCCCUUCCUUCCGCUUUGGGGCUGGGACCUUCCGGGGCCACCCUCCUGCUGUGCCAGCACCCUAUUUUUCAGUCAUCUCAGCAGCUGCUACAACCCUCACCCAGGAGUCUCUUUCCUGGUCGUUCACCCUGGAUCUGGAGGUGCCAAAAACGAACGAUCUGACCUGAAGAACUCUCUUAACCUGCGGAAAUCGGGGGGGGGGGGGGCGGCUACCCCAGAAACAGCAGAGUUCUCCAGGGGCAACAGAACACUAAAUGGGACCAACGUCAAGAGGGGCUUAUGCGUGAUUAGACAUUGUGGGUUCCAAGAAACUGGCACAAAUUACUGAGUGCCUCCCGUGUGUGGGAGACAUCAGAGCUACGGCGACUGCGCUGGGACACAUGAGCAACAGGGGCCAGAGUGGUCGGAUGAUUAGAUUGAAGCGGUCCAAUCCCAGUUGUGAUGGGCUCAACCACUUGAGAUAAAAAAAAAAACUACAGUGACUCGGCUGGGACAUUUUUGGCAGAGUGGUACGUUUUCAGAAUCCGUUGACUUCUCUUUGAGCUGCUUUUGAAACACUUCCCAGGCUGGAAGGAGCUACAAGACAUCAGCGCUGCAUCCUUUCUCUUUGCUCUGUGACUUGGGGGCAGCUGCGAAGGACAGCUCAGGCUGUGAGAGAGUCGAGGCACCUUGCACGUUCCGUAAACGGUGAGCCUGCGGCGAGAGGCAUGGAAGGCGACCAGAUCCUCGGCUGCUGGCUUCCCGUGGCGCUUGGGAGAACUCGGUUACUUAAUGGCCAGUACCCUGCACCUUGGCGUGGGUGCUCCAGACUCCUUCCAGGCCCUUCUUCUCCCCAGACCUUCCUGUCCUUUAAUACUGCCUGGCGUUUGGCUAAAUGUCCCCUACCCAGUCAACAGCCCUCUAUUCUGUGACCGGCUGCAAUCCUGAGAUCUGGAAGGCUCAUGCUGACAGAAUCUCUGGUACCAUAUUUUGACACUUUUUUAAAAACGUCCCUUGAUCCUGCUUUCAUUUCUCUCCCCCCCCCCUGCCCUUUUUUGUUUGCACAUUCCAUGGUGGAGGAAUUUCCCCCUCUUGCCCCUCCAAGAACCAAAUCCCUACUUGGGAGGGUGGGGCUGAGGGACCCUCCCCCGUCUUACGCAUCAUGUCACUGAUUUGUGCCUGGUUUAACAACCCACCCCCACAUCCCAUCCUAAUCAUGCACUGAGACUUGUCAAGUUUCACCCUUGGAUCCAGGGGAGUGGAUUCCCUUUCCCUUAUUUACUGCUGGGUGGGACAGCUAAGUCCUUUCCCCUCUUCUAUCUGCAAUUCCGCCUGCGAUCUUUCCUCCUGGCUUGAAAUUCCAACCUCACCUCUUUUGUGUUCUGAUCCUGGACAUAACUUUUCCGCCCCUGCCCCUUCAACUCGCUUCCAAGAACAUGCUUUUGUGUUACCCCAUUUUGGAUGGUGGUGGUGGUGGUACUCCUUUCCUUAAAUCGGGGAACCUUUGGGCCUCUAGAUGUUGCUAGACUUGCAUCUCCCGUCAUUCCUUGCUGCUGGACCUGUUGAAAGUGCAGCAACUGGAGGUCCCAAUGUACCCCACUCCCUGGCCUAGGUCAUUUGAGGCCUGCGAGAGACGUUCAUGGGAGGGAGGCCAGUCUUGGCAGCGCAACCAGAGGGGAAAGGGUGUCAGUCCUGCUUCCGUGCAUGUCUUGGCUUUUGUCAAUGGGGUGUUUUUAAGUCCCUUCCUCAGAUUCCCCCCUUCCUCGUGCCCCCAUGGCUUUGAGCUUGUGGCCCCAAACUUGUUGCCGUUGCAGCUUUGUAUAUAUAAGAAUAACUGAUGUGUACAUAGAGCUAUUUAAGAUUCGCUCUCCUUCCCGGUGGCUCCCUCGCUCCCUCCCACCUGUGUGCCUGCACCUUGUCUCUCCUUCAGUCAUGCUGAAACUCGCCUCUCGCUCUCCUUUGCCUCCACACAGCCAAAGGAGGAAUGCAGAUUGGAUGGUUGUAAAUAAAGUAAAAGAUUCCAUACG